AUUCUCUCGGGUCUUGUCGCAUCACCGCCCAGUGACUACCGCACUAUUUGCUCGUUUGACCCGGCGUAUCUCGCCCUCUGCCUCGUCUACCUCAACCAAACCAUGUACUUUCUCCAGACGUACAUGCCAGACGCCAACGCAUCGUUUGGCUCUGUCGCGGCGUCGACCAAUUCCCUUGUCCACAGUCUCAACAUUGAGUUGAUGAUCUUUGCCAAAGUCAACGCGUCGGCGCCCCUUGGACUGCUGCACACCAAUAUUCUCGACCCAAGUGAAGUCGGCUUUGGCUUUUUUGCGUGGACGUAUCUGUACGACUGGGUCGUCGGGAAUCGCGAAGUGAUUUCGUUCCAAGGCGACAGUGGCACGCUCACCGUGCUCACCGACAUCAAGCUACCGCUCCUCCAGCAAGUACAGCCGUGGCUUCUCACCAAAG